UGGCGCGUGCGGCCCUCUGAGCGCGCGUCGUGUGUGCGCCGGGGCUGGAUCCAGCUGUUGCACUUGCGCGCGCGUCGUUACCUUUAAGAUGCUCGCGGGAUAAAGACUCGUUUGAACCAAAACCGGCUCCAUUUUAACGGAGACUCCGCCGCCGAGCUGCUGGCCGCUGGACGCUUCCCCCGGUACCGGAGCAGCAGCGGGGGUGGAGACGGCCGCGCGGCGCGGGGUCCUUUCAUGUCGGAUGUGAUUAUCUGUCGGCCCACGGAGGAGCGGGAGCGGGGGCGCGGGGGACGGCGCGGCGCCGCGCGGCACGAGAGAAGAGACGGGGUCCGCGCGGAGGGUGCACACGCCAAAUACUUUCCCUUUAAAGCGGCGGAGAGGCACCGAGGGGGUGAAGGAGGAUAAAAAAAAAAAAAAAAAAGAGAGAGAAGAAAGCCGAAGAGGGAGGGAGGGCGAAAGAGGGAGCAGGGAUGAAAAAAACAGAAAGAUGUCAUCCCGCCGACUGAGGCGCCGAGGCGGAGCUAUGGACCGCGGCCGACCGGGAGCGCUCUAGUUCGGCGACGAAUUGUACGCGACACCGAGGCUUUGGAAGUCCCCCCCCCGCGGAGGCCUCUCCGGAGCUCCCGCGAACGAACGCGUCCGAACAGCCGCGACCAUGAAAGCCGCUCGUCCGCCGCAUCCCCUGUGAUAAUAGGCUGUUGUGCGCGCGUUUCACCGCAGACACAAGCAGCCCGUGUUAACAUGCAGCAUUGAUGAGGCGCGUGCAGAAGCAUCCUCUGCGCGCCCGCUAGCCGCCAUGCUAGCUGCCAUGUUGGCUCUGAGCUGAGUGUUUUCAUGUUUCAUUAACUCGAGCUGCGGCUGCUGCUCACAGGCCACACUUUUUGUUUUCACUCGGAGCUUUUCUCGCCGUCCUCCUCCCCCUCUUCCUCCUCCUCUUCCUCCUCCUCCCAGCUCGGCUCUCCUGCACCACCAUGGACACCUCCUGGAGUAAUUUCCUCUUUCAGACUCCGCCCACUCAGAACCAGCCGGACGCGCCGCUCCAGGCCGAGCUGCUGCCGGAGCUCGCCGGCGCCGCCCAGAGUCCUCCGGCGGAACACGUGGUGACGCCGCCGUCCACCGUGGACACGGCCGCCCUGAGCGAGGAGCCGCUGCCCGUUAAACCGCUCACCAAGCCCAGCCGCCCCGCUCACAUCUGCGCCACCUGCAACAAGGAGUUCAAGAACAGCUACAACCUGCGGCGCCACCAGUCGGUGCACACGGGCAUCAAGAUGAAGGACCGGGCGGCGCGGGAGAAGGAAGACGGGUCCAAGGCAGGACGGGCGGACAAGCAGAGCGUCCCGCUGUCCCUCCUCCACCUCACGCUGCCCCAGCAGGCGCCGCAUCCCGCCGCCGCCGUGGCCGUGGCCCCGGACGCCGUGCCCGUCCCCGUCCCCGUGUCCGUCUCCAUCGCCCCGGCGACCGUCACCCUGACGGCGCCGCCGCAGCCCAUCCAGGCCGCCGUGGUGGUGGUGGGCUCGAUGGAGCAGGCCCCGCCCCCUCCACCCGCCCCGCCCACCAACCAGGUGAGGAAGAACCACGCAUGCGAGGCGUGCGGCAAGGCCUUCAGAGACGUGUACCACCUGAACCGCCACCGGCUGUCCCACUCGGACGAGAAGCCGUACUCCUGCCCCAUCUGCCAGCAGCGCUUCAAGAGGAAGGACCGCAUGAGCUACCACGUGCGCUCGCACCAGGGCGGCGUGGAGAAGCCCUACGUGUGCCCGCACUGCGCCAAGGCCUUCUCCCGGCCGGACCACCUCAACAGCCACGUCAGACAGGUGCACUCCACCGAGAGACCCUUCAAAUGCACGACGUGCACGUCGGCGUUCGCCACCAGGGACCGCCUCCGGGCUCACCUGAUUCGCCACGAGGAGAAGGUGCCGUGUCACAUCUGUGGGAAGCUGCUGUCGGCGGCGUACAUCACCGACCACAUGAGAGUCCACAACCAGUCCCAGCACCACGCCUGCCACCUGUGCAACCGCAGCUUCACCACGCUCACCUACCUGAGAGUCCACGCCCAGAAGCACCACGGUCAGGAGUGGAAGGAGAGCGGCGGCGCCCGCGGCGGCUUCGGGGGAACCGGCGCCGGCGGCGUGCUGCUCUGCCAGCUGUGCGGCGUGCAGUGCAAGACCGCCACGCAGCUGCAGGGCCACAUGGGCACCCACGCCACCCAGGGCGACGUGGGCGGGCCCGACCCGGCGGGCGUGGCGCCCGGGGCCGGCGGCGGCGUUUCCGUGGCCGUGUCCGGCGCCAGCGCCGUGGGACUGCUGGUCACGGACUGCUCCGGGAUCGCGCCGCAGCCCCACAGCUAGCACGCCGGGAGGAC